AUGGGAGCCUGGGUGUCUCAGAACCUCCUCCUCUUGCUGGCAGGAAUCCUACCUCUGAGAGAGGCAAGGGUAGGCUCUCACUCCCUGAGUUACUUCGAAGCCAUCAUGUCUGGGCCGGGCCUCAGGGAGCCCCGCUUCAUCUCUGUGGGUUACGUGGACAACACGCAGUUCGUGCGCUUUGACAGCGACGCUGAGAACCCAAAGGUGGAGUCUCAGGUGCCCUGGAUGCAGCAGAUGACACUGGAGUAUUGGGUCGAGGAGACGCAGACCGCCAGACACCGCGCAAAGAUUUACAGCCAGAGCUUGAAAAACCUGCGCGGCUACUACAACCAGAGUGAGGCAGGGUCUCACAUGCUCCAAACCAUGUACGGCUGCGAGGUCGGGCCAGAUGGGCGACUUCUCCUGGGGUACCACCAGCAUGCCUAUGAUGGAGCGGACUACAUCUCCUUGAAUGAGGACCUGCACUCCUGGACUGCGGCUGACACUGUAGCUCAGAUCAGCAAGCAGAAAAAGGAGGCAGCAGGUGAAGCUGAGCGCCAAAGAGCCUACCUGGAAAAGGAGUGCGUGGAGUGGCUGCACAGAUAUCUGGAGAUGGCACAGGAGACGCUGUUGCAUGCAGACCCACCCACAGCACAUGUGACCCACCAUCCCAUCUCUGACAAGAAUGCCACCCUGAGGUGCUGGGCCCUGGGCUUCUACCCAAAAGAGAUCACACUGAUCUGGCAGCACGAUGGGGAGGACCUGACCCAGGACAUGGAGCUGGUGGAGACCAGACCUGCAGGGGAUGGAACCUUCCAGAAGUGGGCAGCUGUGCUGGUGCCUUCUGGAGAGGAGCAGAGAUACACAUGCCAGGUGUACCAUGAGGGGCUGCCUGAGCCCCUCACCCUGAGAUGGGAGCCUCCUCAGCCCACUGUGCCCAUGUGGGGAGUCAUCGCUGGAAUGGUCCUCCUGGCAGCUGUGCUCAUUGGAGCUGUGGUCACUGCUGUGAUGUGGAGAAAGAAGAGGCAUGAGCUCAGAACAUGUGAAGUGAUCAUGACAUGUGAUCACAGGGACUUUGUCAUGUUUUCAUCUGACUAUAUGACUCUCAUCUGA